UUUGAAUACGAAGUAAGCUUAUGUAAAACAGUUCAGCAACCAUUUCAAUAUAAGGCUACACAGUGUAUAUACAACUAUUUUAAUUUACAAUAUUUUGAAAUGCUAUAGGGGUUUUAAGAACUUUUCUAGAAGAUUGUAAUUCAAUCAUGGGAACAAGAGUAAAGGUUAUCGGCACCUGUCCAUACUGCAAUCGUUAUGUGUCCAGAGACUUGCGACCUAUUAACACUCUGACACCACGGGAUGCGAAGAGGAUUUCUCAACUGAUAAACGCGGAACCACCAGCUCCAAUUCAGUUGGAUUCUGAGGAGGAAUCGGAGGUGCGAGUCUCAAGGAGGAAGGAAACCACUCAAGAGGAGUUACAGACGAAUGCUGCAAGGGAUGCUGAAGCUGAUGAAAACUCUUUGGAAGAACUAACAGAAAACAUUUUGAACUUGGUAGAGCAGGAGUUUGCCCGUAGUCCGGAAUGCAGUGGAGCAUCUAGGAUUUCAGAGGAGAAUGCCGGGCUCAUCGUGGCCAUGUUGACGGAGGAGCAGCGUAUUAUCGAUAAGAUUGAAAGGCGUGCACUUAAACGGGAUGUUAAAGAGCCGCCUGCCAAAAGGCGAAGGUGUUAAUUAAUGGAUACAUCACAUGCAGGCGGCAAUAACUUACAAGCAUUGUAAAAUCAACCGCCGUAUGGGAGGGCCGCCCACGUGCUGACCUUUCCACCCAGCUGGAAAUAAACCUCCCUUUUUGCGCAUG